CAGUGACUGUCGACAUCACGACCUCCCCAACAAGUUCACUGAAACGACCUUGCAACACUGCAGACUAAGUUCUUGCAACUGCAGCUAGCCGCUCUUUCUUAGUAUUCAAGGCCCCCUGUUUCCCCGCACAUCCUUCGGCUGCCAACUGAAAUCUAAUUUGAGGGACGUCCGCUUCUUGGCAUCAACCCUUAUCAUCAUAGGGACUGGGAACCAGUGAGCCAUUGAGACACACAUGCUCCCAUCAGCCAUUACUUAAGUAAAUGAUACUAGCUCUGAAGCGGGAUCCUCCGUACUCGGCACGCGCAUCGGCACUAUUACAACAUCAUCGGUCUGCUAAUAGUGAGUUCGACUGGUUCCAACUUCACUCCGCCACCUCAAUCGCACUACUCUCCGAGUCGCCGAUAUCGUGCUGCACUCAAACCAUCGGAAACCGUUUCAGGAUUGAAAACUGAGAACGUAAACUCACAGAAGCAUCACCCUAUCCUCUUUUUUUCCUUUUUUUCAACUUCCCUGUUGUGGUGCUCCGAGCUACCGAGAAGAGUAAACUACCCCGGUCGCCAAUAUGUCCAAAGUUGUUAGGAGUGUGAAGAAUGUGACGAAGGGGUACUCUUCGGUGCAGGUGAAAGUCCGAAAUGCCACGAGUAAUGACCCCUGGGGCCCAACUGGCACGGAGAUGAGUGAGAUCGCGGCCCUCACGUACAAUAAUCCUACCGAUUUCUAUGAGAUUAUGGAUAUGUUGGAUAAGAGACUGAAUGAUAAGGGGAAAAAUUGGCGUCAUGUCCUCAAGUCGCUAAAGGUCUUGGAUUAUUGUCUCCAUGAAGGCUCAGAACUUGUCGUCACAUGGGCAAGGAAAAAUGUCUAUAUUAUCAAAACUUUACGCGAGUUCCAGUACAUUGACGAGGAUGGUCGUGACGUUGGCCAAAAUGUUCGAGUCGCUGCGAAAGAACUCACUGCCUUACUUCUCGAUGAAGACCGUCUACGUAGUGAGCGUUCGGAUAGAAAACUUUGGAAAUCCCGCGUUAGCGGCCCUGAUGACGCCAUGCACGGCAUCGCCGGAGGCAGUGACAUGGGAUACCGACCUCCCCGUAGACGCGAGCGCCAACAGCGAAAUGCAGAUGAAGAGGAUAUUGAGUAUCGUCUUGCCAUCGAGGCAUCCAAACAUGAGGCAGAAGAGGACAAAAAGCGAAGGGAAAGGAAUGCGCGCUUGGAAGAAGAAGACGACGAGCUCGCCAAGGCUAUCAAACUGAGCAAGGAAGAAGAGGAGCUUCGCAGGCGUGAGCUUGAAGAAAGCAACGCUGCUUCUCUCUUUGAUGAUGCCACUCCAGCCGCGCAACCUCAACCUACAGGCUACAACCAAGGUUACCAGCAGCAGGGAGCGGUGGAUUGGUUUGGAAACCCUGUCGACGCCCAACUGCCAAUGACCACCGGCUUUUUGAACAAUCAGUAUUCACAGCCUACAGGAUUCCAAUCUCAACCAACUGGCUACGCUAACGGAUUCGCUAAUGGGUUCCAAACCCAGCCGAACACUUUCGAUCAAUCACAAUUUCCACAGCAAACCGGUUUCCUCCAACCGCAGCCUACCAUUCAACCUCAACCGACAGCAUUUAAUAAUAGUAAUCCCUACGGUAAUGAUAUCUGGGGCCAGCAGCAGCAGCCGCCGGCGCCGCCGCAACAGAAUGACUUCCUUCACCCGGGAAGCCAUAACCCGUGGGCUCAAAACAAUCAGCCACAACCUCUUGACGCAUUGAAACCAGCCCCUACAGGAUCCAACAACCCAUUUGCGUCCUCUUUCACUCGUGCCCAAGCUCAGAUGCAGCUGCAACCACAGAAAACCGGACCCCCGUCGCUCAAUACCCUUGCUGAGCAGAGAACCGCCACCCAAGCGCCCUUUAACAAUCCCAUCAUUAACUAUCAAGCACCUCAGCAGCUUAAUCCACCGAAACCAGAAGAUCCGCAACGUGCUCGCCUCAACGCUAUCCUUGCCACUGGUGACGGCCAAGAUACAUUCGGCAAUGUUGGCGACCUUCGUAUACCUGCCCAACACACGACUCCGGGAGUGUUUGUUAAUUCGGCUGGAUCAGGCUUGGAAAGAAUUCGCGCUGCGCAGACUGGCAACAAUCCGUUCCUAAAUCAGAAUUUCACUGGAGCCCCGCAACAAGUGGGAUUUGGGCAGCCGAACAACAAUCCUUUUGGUGCCCGACAACCUCAGCAGGGUGGUAGCCUAAUUGACCUUUAGGCUAGGGUCUUCGUUACACCAAGCACGGAUAUUCUUGAUAUUUAAGAGCAAGUUUUCUUUUGUCAAUAUUAUAUGGGUUAUCACUCGAAGGAAUUCGAUCGAAAGCAACAAGUGGGAGCCGGUUAUUAUUGUCAAUGCUUCACUCAAUUCUUUUCCGCCACUCCGAUCAAGCAUCGAGAGAUAUCCAUUUAGCUACGGUUUGGGUUUUCACGGUUGGCCUAGGUGGCUAUUUAUCUUGACUAUUUCGUCUACGCUUUUAUUUUCCUUUGUCAUACACCUGCUUUCAAGAUUAUUCCGUCCUGUUAAAUCAUAUGGAUAUGGUCAUGUCUACACGGGAAUGGCGUUUACAUUUUGCUUUUCAAUUCUUUUCCUCUCCCCAGGGUUUGCAACUCUACUUUUGUACCUGAGCAUUCCCCUGGAUCCUUCGUUUUCCAGUAUACGUCUUGACCGGCGCAUUGCUUUUUCGCUUAUGGAUACCUUAGCUCCUUUUUAUUUCCUUUAGUUUUGCUUUUCUUAUUACUGGUGUUGUUAGUUUCUCUCUUCCAAGGGCUUUUAAAUUGGCUUUAAAUACAUUUUGCAGAUCUUCUAUAUGCGAGUGCCUGUAC